AUGUCUUCAGGCACUGUCGUCUCCGUCGGGUCUACCCCGGCUUUAUUUGGUACACUUGCUCGGGACGCCGGCUAUUCGUAUGCUGGUUUUGAGAGAUAUUCGAAGUACAGGUCGUUACCGAACAUCCCCAGUCCUACUGCGCUUGCUCUUUUUGGGCAUGAUGAAGAUCUAGCGAAUGCAGACGCUAUCACUAAACUUCUCAAGGACAGGGUGGUGCUCCUUCUUUUCGCUCCCAGUGCGGAGAUCUCGCAGGCGCUCAAGGAUGCCGCAAAGACGGUCAUCGACCUUCCCUUGAUCGAGCUUGACGAGGGUGUACCUAUCAUUGCCUACAAGAUGGCGGAGCUUGAUCUUGUUCACCUCAUACUCGGUUUCUCCAUCGUCAAUGGUGAUCCGAGUUACACACGGGAUGCAGACACCACAGCUACGACUGAAGCGACUGACACCAAUAACUCUGAUAGUGUCACCCGUGACGACAGCAAGGAUAGCACUGUCACCCUGAAGGACAAGCUCGAAUAUGCCAUCCGCCUCAUCUCUAGCUCUGUGCAAGAGGCCUCUGAUGAAUCUGCGAACGCAUCCGUUCGUGCAUCAGCGUCCAAUUUAACUCCUCCGUCAGACACGUCGUUCGUGAGCUCCUCCUCUUUUAGUAAUCGUGCGACAUUUCGCUGCGCCCGUACACCUUGGUCCGACGAAGGGAAUUAUUGGCAGGAUUUGCCGCAAUCCAGGUGGCAACUAUUCGACUUGAACUGGACGGUGUAUCUCAGCUCCUAUGCUACAAAUGCCACUCCCGUCCCGAAUAGCGGCUUCAGCUCUAGUGGCGGGGUGGUCUACACGAUCGCUACGUACAGCGGAUCGUUCGUCCGUAGCACGAGUAGCUCUCCAAGAUGGUUUGGUCCUUGGGGAAACGAGGGCACAUCGGAGGUUGAAUACUACUUCAUAGAUCAACUCGGUCUCACAGUAGAGGACACGAGCGGUCUUUUGACGUGCUACAGGCAGCUUCCGUCUGGGGGGAGUCAGUCUGGGACCAAUUACACCUAUACGUUUGAUUUCAGCCAGACGUUUAACCUUUUCAAGAAUAGCGGCAAGACUCCCUUCCAGUGGACGGCCUCGUACUCGGACAGCUACGUUCGCGAAAAGUUCAUGGAGUCUCCCGUCCAGCAGAAUUUGCACACGUUCGAUGUAGCCAUCUCUUAUAAGGACUAUUACGCGAGUGAUCGUUACAAUGGCGGCCUGAGCAACGAAAGCUGGUGGAACCAUGGGGUCUUCGACUGGUCGAAUGGGGACUACAAGGUUGUGAAGGUGUUGCCGCGCGACAACAUCCCCAUCCAUGGGUUGGACAUGUGGAGCUCGACCGUAGGAAAAGCCAAUCUGAAGUUCUACAGCUACUUUGAGGCGGUUGGGUUCAAAUCCAAUACUGCGUGGGGAUGGGGCCAUUUCACUCAGGCUUUGACCUCGAGCAGGCCCACCUACAGCGUCCCCCUUGAUCUCACCUUUGGUGGCUGA